AAAGUCAUCUAAGAUUGAGAUAUACAUGGUGAUGAUGUUUCGCGUCAUUGCUCCCAGCGAAGGUGUAUAGAUGUGACUGUUAUGAUUGAAAGUUUUGAUCUGGGAACUUAGAUAUGCAGAAUGGAUUCGGGUAAUUUAUGCUAGAAAUCGAACCUCAGAAAUUCCAAACAUCGACUCUGCAACAAAUAAAAGAUAAAGGCUGUUAUUUGGAUUUCAAUCCCGGUGUCCAGGCAUCUUUCAAUCUGUCACCUAAAAUUAAAUAACCGUUAGUUGUCGAAAUGUAUUCUGUGCUGUCCACAGAGGCUCCAGCAUUAGCAGCUAAGGGCGAAGUCAUCCCAAGUGGUUGACUGGGCCUAUGAAUUAUCAUGCCGGUCGGUCGGAGCAUGUGAGAUAUUCAGGCAAACUUAUCGGUUUUGCUCGUGUUUCAUGUCUGCCUGCAUGAAUGGCAGAUUUCUGUCACUCCACUCUCAUGGAAACCCUAACGCUAUGAAUCUAUUAUGCAUUCUGAAUUUCUUGCAUGAUAGGCUGUCAGGAUCAUCAAUUGAUUGGAGUGCUUAAAUCUAGGAAGAUUUGGUUUUUUGGUUGGAGUAAAUAAUGCAACUUUAAAAGGUUAGGAGUAUAAUAUCUUUCAUGAGUCUAUUUUGUUGUUCCAAAAAUGAAACUGCCACAUGGAAACCAAGGAAGAAUAAAAGAUUCAGAUUCUCAGAAUAGUUUGCCAAAAAGAGUGAAAAAUAUUAUUGACAACUGGCUUUCCUUGAUUGUUUUCCUUUCUCUUAAUUCCAAUAUUAGUGUAAACAGAAAUCACAAUCGAAGUCUCAGAACUUUGCAGAAAGAUGAACCAAUAACAGAAAAGACAAAGGACACAGAAAUGUCAAUGGUGUGGAUUGCUCUGAAGAAUUCGUUGAAUUGCCGAAAGUUACAACUCCCAUCAGAUGUGCAUGAUCCAGAAGCCAAUGGUAAUCUGAGCACUUUGGAAAAAAGGCCAGGCAGGUCUAGGUGUCUAGGAUCCAUAUCAAAUCUGAGAGAGAAGCGACUGGGUUGCAGUACAAGGACCCUAUGGAGCAGUGAAUCCCUCAACCGUGUGACCCAUAAAAUAGUCCUUGACGACCCAACAUGUGAAACUAAAACUGGUCCGCUUUGUGUUUCCCAUAAAGAUAGAGAUAGAGGAAAGGAUAUUGGUCCAACUUUUGUGGGUGACCAUAGCCAUAGGGUACCCCAUUUUAAGCCUAGCGGGCCUACUUCCAUUAGGAUCCAUGGUGGUUCUAUUAUCUUUGAUGGUGGUGUUGGUAGUCAUAUUUGUUCAAAGAUUAGGAGAUCAAAUGAGACAGAUUAUAAUGGUUCUUCAACUUUAAUUUGCCAGAUGUGUGGGGAGAAAUUCAGAAAAUUGGAUGCUAUUGAAGGACAUCGUCUUUCCAAGCAUUCAGGUGAACACCAAGUCAUUCAAAGUUCCAUCUCUUAUUAAUUGUUUAAGCCAAAAUCUUCCCCCGGUUGAUGUUUUCGUUUCAUCAUUAUUCACUUCUUGGUGCUAUGAAGUAUCAAGUAAAAAUAUUUAAUUUAAACUAUAACGACUCUCUUUGGCUUUUGAAAGAUGAAAAAAAGACUAACUUGACGUCAUUGACAUUGAUACUUGUGAAAAAAUCAAUUUGUUAGCCGUGCAGAUUGAUUUACGAAUUUUUAAUUACCCUAGUUUAUAAAGAAAACUGGACUGCCCUCUGUUCUGCGCAGUAAUUGAACUUGGUGAAGGAGACUCAUCUAGGAAGAUUGUAGAAAAAAUCUGCGA